CGAAGAUAUUUCCUCCAUGCCUCAACUAACGAGUCUGGUCCGACGCGGGAGAAAAAGAAAACCACCGUAGCAGCCUUUUUAUAAACCGGAAAAGCUCACAACAAAACCGCUUCGAAACCUGAAAACAUCAACUUCUCCAUUCUCCUGAGUCCUCAAAGCGGUUUUUCUUCCCCCGAAUACUUUCAAAGCGGUUUUCCGGUGCUAAUGGAGUGGAAAGAGGCGUUAGAUCUUGAAGGUUUAUGGACGAACGAGAAGCACUUGAAGUUCCUGAACUCCAUAGAAGCCAUGUUUGUUCACACAGUGCUAGAGAAUGGCGGCCUAACGUACACCACUGCUUUCCAUCUUCCCCUCGACCGUUACCUUCCUGACAGAUCCGACUCAACAAGCGAUCUGCAAAUUCAUAAAAAUAGCAAAAGAAAACGAGUGUAUUUCCCAGGUGGUGUUGACGUUGGGAUGAAAAAAAGUAACAAAAGACGGCCACGGCAGCCUUGCGAUGAAUCGGAAGAUCAUAAUGACUGCUACGAUCAGGUGGUCCCGCAGCUUGGAAACAUGAAAGCUGAUAAGAUUGAGAGUAGCGAUGUGGAAGUAGAAGUCGCCGUUGCGCCCACAGAUGAAGAAAUUCAGAGUCACCGGAAGACAAGUUAGAAAGUAAAAAAAGAAUUCUAGUUAGGACAUUAUCUUUAGAUUUUUCUCCAUGAGUUCUUUUGCUUUCACCCUCUGGUUAGAUAUUUAUUGUAAAUCCUUCCUCUUGUCAUUAUUAACGAAAGUUGCAUAAUAUUUUCGUCA